GAUGCUGCAGCCAAUGAUAACAGCUCGACAGCGUUGAAAGAGAGUGAUAUUUCUGUAAAUUUAUCUCACAGUAUCAAAGAUCUGACAUAAGUGGCAGUUAAGUCUUCAGAAACCUGAACUUGGUAUCUUUUAUCCGUCUUUAAAGCCGUCGGUAGAAAAGCUGGUCAAAGAAAAACAGAUACUGACAGUACUAUGGGGAUCGCUAAACUGGCUGAUUUGAUUCGUACAAAUGCUCCUGAUGCAAUUUCUCACAAGGAUAUAAGUGACUACACAGGAAAAAUAAUUGCUCUGGAUGCAUCUAUUAUCAUUAACCAGUUUAGGGCAGCAUCCCCUAUGUUAAGUCCAUUGACAGGUUUACUUUUCCGUACACUCACCUUGCUGGAGCAUGAUAUCAAACCAGUUUUUGUGUUCGAUGGAAAGCCUCCAGUGGAAAAAAAGGCACUGCUUAAGAAGCGAGCCGAGGCUGGAGGUUGGUCGGUCAACCACACAGGCAUAGCAUCAUCCCUGACCAAUGAAUGUGUCAAACUCCUGAAGUGUCUGGGUGUUCCUGUUGUCCAGGCUCCAGGAGAUGCAGAGGCCCUGUGCGCCCAGCUGGUUAAGUGGGGGACUGUGGAUGUUGUGGCAUCAGAGGACAUGGACACGCUGCCAUUUGGGGCCAAGACUCUGAUCCGGCAGCUUAACGCUAAGAAAGACAGUGAUGUUAUUGAAUAUUCAUUACCAAAGCUGCUGGAGAAACUCCAAAUCACUCAGUCAGAGUUCGUGGAUCUAUGUAUUCUAUUAGGGUGUGAUUAUUGUGGCAAGAUAGCUGGUUUUGGUCCAAAGCGAGCUCUGACCCUGAUACAGCAGCAUCGUUCCAUUGAGGAGGUGGUUUUGCACAUAAACCGACAGACACACCCUAUUCCACAUUCGUGGAAGUAUAAAGAGGCACGUAAAAUAUUCUUGGAGGAACUGGAAACUGAAGCUCCUGAACUUUGCUGGACUGAGCCGGAUGAGGAAGCCCUUGUUGGGUUCCUUUGCCAUGUCAAACAUAUUCGGGAGGACAGAAUCCGUCGCAGAAUGGAGAGGUUUCGGGAGACAGUUAAAGGUAUGAGAGAGAAGAGGGAAAAGGAGCGGGUGGCAGAGCAUGGCAGGCAGACACGCUUAGAGGAUUUCUUCAGAGUUACCAGGAAGCGGUCUCACAUGAAUGUAACUGAUGCUGCAAACUCUUCAAGCAUUAACAGGAAGAAACCAAAGACAAAUUAAAGCCACCACCACCUGCCUCACGCUGCCUCAAACAUCAGAGAUGAAGAAGAUGUGUUUCAACUCCUGUAGUCAGGAUACCUUGAUUUGAAGCAUACAGGAGAUAGUUGUGCUCCACAGAAAGUAUUGAAACAAUUACGAACAGUACUGACAGACAUUUCUGUGAUUUGGAACUUGUCCCAUUUGAUUUUUUUUUUUUUUGAACAAGCUAUGUUGUUGCGUUUCUGUGCCAAUGUGAAAAUCCAGACACCUUUGGCAUCAAUGUUCAUCCAUGUUAAGGCCUACAUUUUAUUCAGUUUAUUUUGAUUUUCUUUAGUGGUAAUACUUUCCAGAGAUUCAGAGGUAGCAAAUUUACAUGUUAAAUCAUGUUUGUUAAUCAGCAGACCACUGAGCUUUUUGUACGCAUCUUUUUCCCUCUACAGUUGUACUGCGCAGUUUUCAGUAUAUCCAGGCGGUGAUGGCUAAUGAAUGAGAACAGUGUGAUCACUGUCAGGGAGGCCUUCCCCCUGCCAAAACUGGAGACAGGGGGAUGUCUCAUUACUAGAUAUUCAAUGAGCACCUGUUGUGUAAAGUGUGCCAAGGCGUGGACCAAAGACUUGAAUUUUAAAACAUGUCCUGAAGUAAAAUCAUUUGAAAAAGAGGCAAUGCAGUGUAGAAGAAAAUGUUUUGUUUUUAAAUGACUUGUGAAUACAUCUAGAUGGUUUCUAACAUGUUUUAUAUUUUGAUUUAUAUGUAAAAGCUUUGGGCCUUUUUAAAUAAAUG